AGCUCAUAGCAGUUCGCCUCACCGGCACCGCGCACCGCCGUCCGGAUUUCAGCAACAAAACUCACAGGUAUUCUUCGUCCUCUCUCUAAUGGCUGAUUCCUUUGCUAAUCAUACGUUCUUAUAUGUGGUAUUUGCAAUGGCUUUGGAGAUCGAAAAUGAAGUUGAAGUCUAUCUCGGUGAGGAUUAUUCAGUAGUGUAUUGUGCGAUUCGCGGCGGUUCUUUGUUUUUAUGGGGUUUUCAACAUGUAUUGAAGAAGGCAUCUAGGUUAUAUGUUGCGAGCUGGGUGCGGGACAUUGGUCCUGACCUUCUGCCAAAUGAUUAUAAGAAGGAUGAAAGAAGUGAAGAUAAAUCCAAUGGAGCUAAGAGUACGCCUAAAGAAAAAGAACCUUCAACACUGGAGGAUCUUGUGGUGGCUGCUAGAGGAGGCAUGGAGACAUUAAGGACUGCUUUACAGCGGGUGUAUAUGACAAGGGCUUCAGCAUAUAGAGAUGCUCUCAAAAGUUUUAUAGAAGGAUAUCAAGAAGGUAUACAGCAAGCCACGGAGAAGGAGGAGGAUUCUAAGGCUCAACAAGAAGUAAACGCCCUUUUGGUAGAGCUGGGUCAGCAUGACAUCACAGGGAUGAUCUAUUACUUUUGGGAAUUUGGCUGUACUGUGAUGUGCUAUAAAGGCAUGCACCCUGGAAAAUAACUUGUGACCUUGUAUUGUAGGCUUGUCUGUCUGUUUCUUUUUAAUAAAUGAUGAGAGAACCAUGUAAGGCUUACUUCUAAUGGAACCAGUUUUUUCGUCUCCCUCUUCUUUUCUUGUUUCACUGGUUUUUUCUAUUUUGAUUAGAUUAAUAGUCAUGAGAGUGUCAACGGAUCAAAGAAACUUGGUUUGAAAAUUGAUGUUGAAAGAGAAAGCUGUGAUUCUUAUUUCCAGUGGUGUCAGUGAAGAAUUUGUGCUGUAUGAGUUUUAACCCUGAGUGACAAGCUAUAGGUUUUGUAUUUUGGGCUGCUCUGUCUGUUUCUUUUUUGAUGGAAUGAUGGUGGGAUACUCUUAUGUAGGAUUUGAUUAGCUCCGAGUCUUAUUGUAAGAUUAUUCAGGAUAAUGACAUGUACCCUGGAAAAUUACUUUCUAACUUUGUAUUGUGUGGCUGAUUUCUGCUUCUCUCGUGAAGGGAUCAUGUCUCUGAAACUGUUGGAGUGUAACAUUCAUUCAUCUUUAUAUGAUUUAAACAUAUACUGCAGGAUUAAACUUUUAGCUUCUUUAAAACCUUUUGUAAAGAUAUGCAAAGGUAACUACUGAAAGUACUUUGCUCUGCGUAUGAUUUAGAUGUUUGAAAAUGACUUGCACAAUGUGAAUAAUUGAAUGUAGCUUGAGGCCACAGAAUCUGACUUGGUUCAGAGUAGAAAUCUUUUGAAGUGUUGAUGAUUGAAAGGAAAAAUUACUGUGAACAGCACCACAAAUACUUGGGGUGAUCUCUGUUGCUCUGUCAUGUGAUGUCAUUGGUGACGUGGUGGGAUUCCACAUUCAAGGUUUGCCUUGCUUUGGGUCCUUUCAAGCACUUCGGGAUUGUUUCAAGACUACUGAAACACAGAAUUAUGGUAUUUGUUUGUUAGUCUCAAUUAUCUGUUUAUUCUGCAAUCUCAGGUUAGAUCAUUACUAAAAGAUUUCAAAAUUA